AUGUCUUGGCUCGCGGGGCAUGAGAAGCACGGUCAUGAUGAGAGCGAUAAUCUCGGGGUGGACUGGGUGUUACAAUAUGAGUUUGGCGAUAUAGAGCAGGCACAAGCUAUAUCCGAGUUCCGCACUCUUAUCCAUGACCUCACAGAAGCUGGUCUUCGAGUGCAGAUCCGCCAUGGGCAUGGCUUCGCGUUACUGGUAUUUAUUCGCGUACCCAGAGAUCAUCUAGGCAAGAUGGUACACCAAUCGAGGAUAAAAGAUUGGCUGUUCGGCAUUAUAUAUACUCUGCCCUCCGGCGAUGAGAAUACCAUCGCUUCCGCUGAAACACCGGCAGAGGAAAUCCGGUCUAUUUAUCAUGCUGUGACAUGGCGAAAAGAACUCGGGGGCGCGGGAAUCACGCCCGGGUUUGGAAAAUGGAAAAAUAUCACUGCCUCGUUUCCCUUGCAUGAUCGCGAUGCCUGCUCGGAGUUACUGAGCAAGUGGAACCGCAAAACAAACUUGACUGUAGAGGAUUUGGAUACGAUCCGAGCACUGUUUGGUGAGAAGGUUGCCUUCUAUUUCGCCUUCAUUCACUGCUACUCACUCUUCCUGGUCGCCCCAGCCGCGAUGGGAAUCGUAGGAUGGUGGUUCCUCGGCCCGUACUCGAUCAUCUACGGCAGUGCGCUGAUGAUCUGGUGUAUCGUUUUCGUGGAGUUCUGGAAGAUCCGCGAGACAGAUCUGAGUGUCCGUUGGAACGUCAAGGGCGUGGGCCAGUUGAAGGUCAACCGCUCGCAGUAUCAAUGGGAGAAAGAAGUCAAAGAUCCCAUUUCAGGCCAAGUAACACAAACGUUCCCCGGCUGGAAACAAUUUCUACGCCAGAUGCUGCUACUGCCAUUUGCGAGUGUGGCCAGCGUUGCCCUGGGCACUUUGAUCGUGGUCACUUUCGCCAGCGAGGUAUUUAUUUCGGAGGUAUAUAAUGGUCCGUUGAAGGGAUAUUUGGAGUUUGUCCCAACAAUCCUUUUCUCGUUGUCACUGCCGGCGAUUACUUCGUUCCUCACGGGGAUUGCGACGCGAUUGACCGAUUACGAGAACUACCGCACGCAGGAUCUGUAUGAUCUCGCUCAGACGCAGAAGACCUUUGUCAUGCACUUUAUUACAUCUUUCCUACCUACAAUACUCACGGCAUACGUCUAUGUCCCAUUCGGCCAUGCGAUUGUCCCACACUUGGAUAUCCUCCGUCGAGUGGGGAUCAACACAGCCAGCCACAAGGGCUUCGAGGUUGACACAUCCCGCUUCCAGGCUGAAGUCAUCUAUUUGUCAAUGACAGCGCAAGUCUUCAGUUUCGCGGAAGAAAUCGUCCUACCAUACGUCAAGCACGUCCUCUGGCAGAAAUGGCGUAACUACCGCGAACGCAAGGCAGGACUCACCCGUCAACGCAGCUUCUCCAAGGCCACCGAUCUACUCCUCAUCGACUCACCCGAAGAAUCCUCCUUCCUCCGACGCGUCCGCGGCGAAGCCGACGCAGACGAAUACAAAGUCGAAGAAGACAUCCUCGAGAUGUGUGUGCAAUUCGGCUACCUGGCUCUCUUCGGCGUGGCCUGGCCACUCGUCCCGCUCGGCUUCCUCCUAAACAACUGGCUCGAAGUACGCGGAGAUUUCUUCAAACUCACACUAGAAUGCCAACGACCACCUCCCAUCCGCGCAGACUCAAUCGGUCCCUGUCUCCUGGGCUUAGACUUCCUCUCCUGGAUGGGAACACUUUCCACAGCGGCAAUCGUCCACCUCUACCGCGGCCCCAUGUCCUCGGUCCGCCUCUCCUCCCUCCUCCUCACCGUCUUCAUCGCCGAACAAGUCUACCUCGGCAUUAGAUUCACAGCCUCAACAGCGCUCCAAAAAAUCUUCAGCGAUACGCUCCGUCGCGAAGAAGCCAGUCGCUACGCGGUGCGCAAAUCAUUCCUGGAAAUGAACCAGUCACGACAUGGCGGUCCGGACUCGCCGUCUCGCGUGCGACAGCGUGUGCGAUUCCAUGAGCGGGUUAAUGUAUACAGUAGUGAUACUGCGUCACCGGAUGGAUCGCCUUCGCCGACGAGUGAGCAGCCGCAGGAUGAGGUGUUGAGAGGGUCGGAUCGGGAGGCUGGGUUUUGGGAGGCGAGGGAGUGCGAUACCGCGGACGCGGGCGUCAAGCUGAUUCGUGCUUUGAGUGGUGGAAAGGGUGUGGGUGAGGUUAAGGAGGUUAAACAUGCAUAG